GUUUUAAACAAUAACUUAAAAUUAAACACAUUGGCUAACUGGCUACUUCCCGCAACAGUAACCCAAGCCCAACCCCCAACGGUCAUCUUCUGCCGAAACCCUACCGGCGCCGACGACGACAACUAGCUAAUAUUUCCGACCACCCCUCACCUCUCUCUCUCUCCUCUCUUAUACUACUCCCGCCGAUCCUCUCCCUUCUUUCUUUCUUCCUCAUUCGUUCUCCCCUCCUCUUCACCCACAACCUACAUAGUAGUUGUCUUCUCCGGCGACUACUAUCCCGCCUGUGACCUAUAUUCGUUAAAUAAUUGGACUCCUAUUUAUUUUUUCCCGUCCAAAGGAUUUUUCACUUCGACGGAAGAGAAAGGAAUUUUUACAACUUUCUCUCUGAUUUUUCCAAUUUCUUACCCCUGCAAAUUGUAAUUCACAUAUCUCCCAUUUUCUUGCUUCAGCUGCCACACCACAGCAGGACUAUUUUACGGCAUCUCUCCUUCUCUCGCGCAUAGCACUACAGAGGUAGAACGGAAUUAGGAAGAAAAGAUGCUCUCAGUGUUCAACGUCGGAACUCAGCUUCAACCAAGAGUAAUAGGCAUUCGCAGAAGCCAAGGUCUAUUGGGUGUAGAAGUAUAUUCUGCAAAUAGGACACGAUUGAGGACUUCUGCUAGGAACCGAUUUAUGUGCACCUUGAAUCAGUCAGCAGGGAUCUCAGCUCAAACAGAGCAUAUAGAAAGUAGGACUUUAGUCAAAAUGUGUGGAAUUACAUCAGCUAGAGAUGCUGCUCUUGCAGCAGAAGCUGGAGCCAAUUUUAUUGGUAUGAUCAUAUGGCCUAACUCAAAACGUUCUAUUUCACUUUCUACUGCAAAGGAGAUUUCCAAGGUUGCGCGGGAAUAUGGAGCUGAGCCAGUGGGGGUGUUUGUAGACGAUAAUGCUGACACAAUACUAAAUGCCUCUGAUGCAGCAGACCUUGAAUUUGUGCAGCUUCAUGGAAAUGCUUCUCGAGAUGCUUUUCCAGUUUUGGUCAGGGAAAAACAUGUAAUAUACGUACUUCAUGCAAAUAAAGAGGGAGGCCUUUUGAACUAUAUUUCUGAUGAGGAGUCUUCUCUGGUUGAUUGGGUUCUAGUGGAUAGUGCAAAAGGUGGCAGUGGCAAAGGAUUCAACUGGGCUCAGUUUAAGCUGCCGCGAAUUAGAAGCAAACAUGGGUGGCUCUUGGCAGGAGGAAUUAACCCGGAGAAUGUUUGUGAAGCUCUUUCUGCACUUAAACCCAAUGGAGUGGAUGUGAGUAGUGGCAUAUGUGGACGGGACGGCAUCCAAAAGGAUGAGUCACGGAUACUAUCGUUCAUGAAUGCAGUGAAAUCUGUACGGCUGUAGGUAAUAUUGAGGCAAAUUCCCGAGUGCAGAUUCUUAAAUCAACUGCAAUGUUCCUCUUGUAAUUUAUUGCAUAGGCCAAGACUAAUAUCUCAGGUGUUACUAGAAAACCAUCAAUUUCUUUGUAGGAGAAGAAACUUCCCUUGUGUAGUUCAAUUGAUGGGGCUAUAAGCAUGACUUGAUGGAUUGACGACAAGUAAUAAAGUAAAAUUCUAUUGCACUUUGUUGGAUUGAAAAUGACUUUCAA